AUGGACCCACAUGAGAUGGUCGUCAAGAACCCGUAUGCUCAUGUCAGCAUCCCUCGGGCUCACCUGCGGCCUGAUCUGGGGCAGCGGCCGGAGACGGCUCCUCCUUCCUUGGAUUCCCAGCCUCUGCCUGUGGGAUCCUGCACCUCGGAGCCCACCGGGCUCCUGCGGCCCUCCGAGGAGGCUCCAGGGAGCGAGGGGGCCAAGGGGACCACCCGGGUCCAGGGCCAGCAGAGCUGGCGGCAGCCCUGCAACCCCUACAGCGGUGGGCAGCGCCCGGCAGGACUGACCUACGCCGGCCUGCCACCCAUCGGGCGCGGGGAUGACAUCGCCCACCACUGCUGCUGCUGUCCCUGCUGUCCCUGCUGCCACUGCCCUCGCUUCUGCCGCUGCCACAGCUGCUGCUGCGUCAUCUCCUAGCCCAGCCCCUGCCGGGCCGAGGGGCCUCCCGCAGGACCCCAACAUGGCUCAGGCAGCCACAGCGGUGCCCACAUGUUUGGGGCAGCCACUGGACCAUUGUCGUGGGAGGUGGCCACUUCCCACCCUGGAUAGGAGUAUCUACCCGCCACAGAGGCCAACAGCCCAGCUCCGGCCCCUUGAAACAGAGCCCUGGGCACUGGCUGUAAUGGCAGCCCUGGGGACACCCUUGACCACCUCUCUCAGGGCCCGCAGCCCCGGCAAUAAAUCAGAGUGACCUUU